CCCACCCUUUUUCCCGCCCAUUGGUGGGUUGGAGGCUCCCGGGAGGAGCUGCUGGGGUAGCUGGGUGAGCGAGUAAGCCGAGCGCAGUGGCAUAAGCAGCAUGGCGUGGGCACAUCUCAGAAAACGGGCCCUGGAUGCCGUGGUCACUUUGGGAGGUGGAGGACUUCUCUUUGCCUCCUACCUGACAGCCACGGGGGACGAGCAUUUCUACGCCGAAUACUUGAUGCCAGUUCUGCAGGGGCUGCUGGACGGGGAGUCAGCCCACAGGCUGGCUGUUCGCGUCACCUCCCUGGGGCUCCUUCCUCGAGCCACGUUUCAGGACUCUGACAUGCUGGAAGUGAGAGUCCUGGGCCAUAAGUUCCGAAACCCGGUGGGAAUUGCUGCAGGAUUUGACAAGCACGGGGAAGCGGUGGAUGGCCUUUUCAAGCUGGGCUUUGGCUUUGUUGAGGUAGGAAGCGUGACUCCCCAGCCUCAGGAAGGAAACCCCAGGCCCAGAAUCUUCCGCCUCCCUGAGGACAAAGCUGUCAUUAACAGGUGCGGAUUUAACAGCCAGGGGCUCUUGGCGGUGGAGCGCAGGUUGCGGGCCAGGCAGCAGAAGCAGAUCAGGCUCACGGCAGAUGGGCUGCCGCUGGGAAUAAACCUGGGGAAGAAUAAGACGUCAGUGGAUGCUGCUGCGGAUUACACAGAGGGGAUUCGGGUCCUGGGGCCCUUGGCCGACUACCUGGUGGUGAAUGUGUCCAGUCCCAACACCCCUGGGCUGCGCUCCCUGCAGGGAAAGGCUGAGCUGCGCCGCCUGCUGACCAAGGUGCUCCAGGAGAGGGACGCCCUGCAGAGGGCGCAGAAGCCGGCGGUGCUGGUGAAGAUCGCCCCUGACCUCACGGCCCAGGACAAGGAGGACAUUGCCAGCGUGGUGAGAGAGCUGGGCAUUGAUGGGUUGAUUGUGACAAACACCACAGUGAGCCGCCCUGCCGGCCUUCGGGGUGCCCUGCGCGCUGAGACGGGAGGCUUGAGCGGGAAGCCCCUCCGCGAUUUAUCGACUCGGACCAUCCGGGAGAUGUACGCACUGACCCAAGGCAGAGUCCCCAUCAUCGGAGUUGGCGGCGUGAGCAGCGGGCAGGAUGCGCUGGACAAGAUCCAGGCGGGGGCCUCGCUGGUGCAGCUCUACACAGCGCUCACCUACGGGGGGCCGCCCGUGGUGGGCCGGGUCAAGCGGGAGCUGGAGGCCCUCUUGAAAGAGCAGGGUUUUAGCAGAGUCACAGACGCCAUUGGAGCAGAUCAUCGGGGGUGAGGACGUUGUCUUCCGGUAGCCGGGUCUGGGACCGUCCCGGGAGCUCAGCCGAGCCCUGCGGCUGGAUCGGGAGAGGAGGACUCUGCCCCGAGCCGCGUCCCCUCCCCCAAGCUGUGGCUUGGCUGGACUGUGAGGCCCCAUCAUGGGGAUCACCAGAACCAGCAGAGGCUUUUUCAGUCACUUGCUCAGACCACAAGCUACGUUCGUGAUUCUUCCUGGACCUGAGUCCUGGGCUUCUUCAGUGUUGUAAGGACGCUGGAGAAAUAAAGCCAUUUAAAACUGGGUUUAGCUCCCUGCUCUUCCUGGAGGGCCAGGGCUUUACUCAGACCCUGCAGGUCCUUUGAGGCCUGUGCUCCCUGGACCUGCAGUGGCAUUCCACCACCUGACUGUCAUCGGAGCUUUAUUUAAUUUUAAUUUUAUUUUGAAACUAUUUCAAAUACAGACAGAAGUUGCAAGAGUAACGCAGUGAAAUUCAUGCACCCUUCGCUUGGGUACGCCAGUCCUUCCCGUUCUCCGCCGUUGCAUCUCUGCCUGUCGUCUGUCUGUCUCUCGUGUGAUGUAGAUCAAAGGCGUAUUUGUUAUCUGUUGUUGCUGCAGCUUUUGAAGAUGAGUUAUAACUGUUACGACUCUUUACCCCUAAGUGCCUUGGUGUGUAUCUCCUGAGCAUAUUGACAUCGUGUUUUAAAUUAUGAAACUGGUGUGUGUUCUUUUUGGCCAUUCAGGUGGUAAUGAUGAUAUUCCUAGUUUCACUCUCCAGGAGUAACUGCUUUUUGGUUAUAGGUCUAUGCAUAAAAGCAUUCAUUUUGUAUAUAUACAUUCAUAAAUAUGUAUAUGUAUGUUUUUUGUACUUACGCCUAGGCAUGGGAUGUAUACUGUUUUCUAUGUUUAUAGUCAUUUUACAUUUUUCCACAAAUUACAUACUACAAAGAUG